UUUCUAUGAUUUGAUUUCUUUCCUUUUCAGACUCCAUUUUCCCCCGUCUUUUUUCCUCUUCUUCCAUACGCUGCACUCGCAUUCAAUCCUCAUUUUUUCUGUUUUUUUUUUGGUUUUUUAAUUUUGGAGUGGGAAUUGAUUUUUUUUUUUGUGUGAUGAUAUGUCGACUUCCGGCGAGAAUUUGGACCUGAAUCUGAGCCUGAAUUUGCCUCUAUCUAGAAUGCAGUUGGAGAAUCAGGCGGCGCCGAGCCUCGGCCGCGUCCGGUCGAAUCGUUUUGCUUGCCUUCCGCCACCGUCGAACACCGCCAGCUCCUGCGGACUCGCCUCUGAUAAGUUUGCUGCUAAUUACAACAAUGGCGUUACUGCUCAGCAAUCUCGCACAUCAGUUCAAACGCCUCCAAAAAAUGAUCCAAGUAUUGAGGGUAAGAUAUGUGGAAACACAAGCAUCCAAGUCCCUAAACAGGAGCAAACUGCAUACAAUGGUUUUCCCGGACCUGCGUACAUGAUGGCUAGAUCUAGCAAGAAAGCUAAAUCUGUAAAACAUGACAAAAAUGCUGUGAAGGAAGCAAAGUUAGAGCCGGGUGAUAACUUAAAUCUAACUGGCUGCUGUCGGUAUGACAGUUCUUUAGGCUUGUUGACAAAGAAAUUUAUCAAGCUGAUCCAAGAGGCUAAAGAUGGUACUCUGGAUCUAAACAGAACCGCCGAUGUUUUGCAGGUCCAAAAGAGGAGAAUUUAUGAUAUUACAAACGUUCUUGAAGGGAUUGGUUUGAUAGAGAAAACUACUAAGAAUCACAUACGUUGGAAAGGAUUUGGAACUGUUGGAUCUCAAAAGCUGGACGAUGGCGUCUCUUACUUGAAGGCUGAAGUUGAACAUCUAUCUGCAGAAGAAUGCAGGCUUGAUAAUCAAAUAAGGGACAAACAAGAGAGCCUAAGGGAAUUGAUAUCUAACCAGAACUGUAAAAAGAAUCUUUUUCUAACCAAGGACGAUAUUAUGAGCCUUCCAUCUCUCAGGAACCAAACGGUCAUUGCUGUCGAAGCUCCUCGUGCAAGCUCCAUAGCAGUGCCAGAUCCUGAUGAGGACAUUGGUUUUUGUCAGAAGCAGUAUAGCCUUAUGAUAAGAAGCACCACCGGACCAAUUGCUGUGUAUCUCCUAAGCAAAAAUGAAAAGAAAAACAAGGAAAUAUCGGUCAAGCGUGCGAAAUUAAUGGAUCCAUUUACGUGGACCAAUAGCAGCAGGGUCGAUGACGCUGAGCUGUCUUUGAGUCCUGAUACUUCAACGAGCUCAAAAGGAUGCGGUUUCCAGAAAAUAGUCCCGAUCGAUUCUGGUAUUGACGAUGAUUAUUGGUUGAGAUCAGAACAUGAGGUGAGUGCAACAGAUUUAUGGGGCACUGAAGAGUUGUAGUAAUAUUCAAUAUAGAGUUUCAAUUUUAUCGAACUACAAUGUGGGUAAAAAUCGAGGUUAAAUUAUUUUUGGGACUGUGUAUAUAAUUUUUGGGGAAAAAAUGGAAACGAUAAAAUCUGGGUAGAUAUUUGUUGUGAGAUCCCUAGUUGAAGCUUACCCUUUGGUUCUAAGAUGUUAAGUUUUUUUCUAGGUAGAGAAAUAAGCUUAUGUUAUUUCCUAGUAAGGCCUUCUUAUAUUUAGAUACUGAGAUGUAAAUCUAUAGCAAAUAAGGCCCUAGGUGUUACUUGUCAAAUUUUCUGACUGUUGGGAGGAUAUAUGAUUUUUCACUUUUGUGUUUGGCGCGACUCUCGUAUUUGGAUAUCCGGUUUUUCAAUUUUGUGUUUUUGGAUUUCA